AUGGACAACUUUGACGAUGUUACACCACUUCCCAUCGAGACAGAGCUUGAAGAUGAAUUAUGCCGUAUUAUGUACACUGAUGAAUACAGGGAGACAUUAGGGCUGGCAAGAGCGUUGUUACAGGCUGGAGAGUACUCGGAGAGAGCUUUAAAGUUGACUGCGAAGGUUAUCUCGCUUGCACCGGCGUUUUAUACUAUUUGGAAUUAUCGUUACGAUAUCGUAAUGCACUUAGCAACCCAAAGGGGUGAAGUUGCAGAGGCAAUUGAUCGGGAACUCGAUUGGGUUGAUGAGGUUACUCUGAAUAAUCCGAAGAACUACCAGAUUUGGUCUUACAAGCAGGCUUUGUUACAGAAACAUCCAUUUCCAAGUUUUAAAAGAGAGCUACCGAUUUUACAGAUGAUGAUUGAAGAUGAUACGAAAAACUACCACGUUUGGUCUUUUAGAAAGUGGUGUGUCUUAUUCUUUCAGGAUUUUUCUCACGAGCUGUCAUAUUCAGACUUACUGAUAAAACGAGAUAUCUAUAACAACAGCGCCUGGACACACCGCAUGUUUGUAUUCAAACAUUCGGAGCCCGAUAGUACACAGAUUAAACUCGAAAUUGAUUAUGUUAAGGAUAAGAUCGAGCUUGUUCCGCAGAAUGUUUCGGUUUGGUCGUAUCUGCGAGGACUGUAUGAGAAUUUCUGGGACAGCAAGUAUGAUGAAUCUAUAAUCAAAUUUGCUGCCAGUUUUACAAGCAAUGUUCAAGACUUUGACCACAAGGACUCAAAUCUGCCGGAGAUAGAGUCAUCUCAUGCGCUAGAAUUCUUAGCAAACAUUUACGCUUAUCAAGAAAACAAAAAGCAAAACGCCAUAAGAGCAUAUCUAGCACUCUCCAGCAAAUACGAUCCUAUCCGUAAAGUCUACUGGCAGCGUCAAAUUUCUCUCAUCAAAUAA